AAAACAGACGACACGAAUUCAAUUUUCAAAUCCAACAGGUUUGUGUUUGAAUUUCAGUCGAUAGUUAAAAACAUUCGGUUUUCAUUUCUGAUGAGCACUUAUACAGUAUAUAUAGUGUAAAAUAAAGAUGGAUAAAAGAAUCAGAAGAUGCCUGAUUUCUUUUGUACAGUUGGCUUUGGCCUAAAUAAUUUUGCUGUCUUGGAACUUGAGGCACUACCUACUGUGACUGUUAAAAAAACGCUGACUGGGAAAGUGUUUUUCCAGAGUGAUCGUACCGUAACGUCACUUCUAGCUCUAAAAACUGUUGAAAGGAUUUUUGUUAAUGUUGUUCAUGAUGAGGUGGAGCCCAAUGUUAUAAAUUCUCUUGAUGACUGGCUUGCAAACAAGCUAUGCAGUAAAAAUAGCUCUCUUGAUGACUCUCUGCUUACAUGGAAAGAGUUUGCAAAAAAAACGAGUGAUGAUCCAAUAAAGUUCAGAAUCAAUGCCAGACUUUCAGGGAUCUUUCGCAAGUCAUCUCUCUUCCAACGUGUAUCUUCAUUGGCAGGGAACAUUUUCCAGCAAAAUUCCAGCUUAGUUAUAGACCUUCACAAACCGGAUUUGGAAAUUUUUCUUCAUCUCAACAACAGUUUUUUUACAGUGGGACUACAGUUAACAAAAAAACCAUUAUCUGACAGAUGUUACCUGGAUCAUAUCGCAGUUAGAUCCACUGUAUGUGUUGCUAUGUGCAUGGCAGUCGGUCUUUCCAGUGAUGAUGUGCUCUUAGAUCCCAUGUGUGGAGCUGCAACAAUUUUGGUUGAAGCCGUGAAGCAGUUUGACUGUAAAGCUGCAGUAGGCGUUGAUUGUGAUCUUUUACAGCUCAAACUUGCACAAACCAAUUUAAAUACCAGCCUCUCGUAUCCUCGGAUUGAAUUGGUGUGUGGAGAUUCUCGUAUCAUUUUUUUUAAACAACAGCAGUUUGACGUAGUGCUUUGUGACGUUCCCUUCGGUCGAAAGUUCGGUGUUCCCACGGAAAUCCGUCUCCUCCUAACAAGCAUUGUGAAGACUAUUGACGCUGUUUUAAAACCAAAAGGAAGAAUUGGAAUCUUGAUUAGUGAAAAGUUGCGACAGUCACUCAUCGAUCUUUGCCCGCCCUGCUGGUCCCUAGUAGAACAGCAUCCAUUGCGCCUUGGCACAUUACCGGCUGCAAUUGUGACUUGGAAAAAAUAA